AUGUAUUCUGAACUUAUUUCUCAUCUUCUUGUGGCUGAACAAAAUAAUGAUUUGUUAAUGAAAAAUCACGAGAAUCGUCAUACUGGAUCUACACCAUUCCCUGAAGUGAAUAAGGUGUACGCCCACCACGCUAGGCGUGAAAAAGGUCGCGGACGUGGACGUGGUCGUAAUUAUUACCAAGAGCGAAAUCCUUUUCCCGGUGUUAAUUAUUCACCAAAGAAAAAUCACUAUCAAAAGGGAAAAGGAAAGGAUGAGAAACGUGAAACAGUUAAAACAAACUGUUUUCGAUGUGGUGGAAGAGGUCAUUAUGCACGUGAUUGUCGUACUCCUAAGCACUUGGUUGAGCUUUAUCAAGCAUCAUUAAGAAAGAAGAGGUCAUUAUGGACAUGA